AAAGAGGAGAAGGACAACGCAGGGAGGGAAGGAGAGAGGUGGCGGAGCUCCGCCAAGCCAGUCUGCCCCCCACCCUCGGAACGAGGGGUUCCCCCGAAGAGGCUCGGAUCAGGCUCUCUUCUCCCCAGCCCCCCAGGAUGGAAUUGAGGCGCCCGGGCAGCCGCGGGGGGCGGCUCUGAGCGACACCCCCAAACACACACUGCCCUUCCCAGGUGAGGCGGAGGCAGCUGCGCUUCGGGAGGGGGUGGAUGGGUCUGAUUCAUUGCAGGGGAGGGCAAGGCGGAGGAAGGAGGGAGCCCCCCCCCCCACGCAUCUCCGGUGGUUGGAACUCCCCUCCCGGCUGGUUGCCCUCCCCGCAAUAAUCUCAUGCAUUUUCAGCUAGUCUGCAUGGACAGAUGAUCCCCACACCGGAAAAAAAGUCCGGGGCAGCAGAAGCAAAGCCGGAGCUGGGGGGGGGGCUGGGGAGCAGAGCCAGACCCAGGGGCAGGGGCAGUUUAAAGCGCUCUGCACGUGCCCAGAAGCCGCUGUGUUUCGCCUUCUUCCGGAGGGAAGCCUCGGCUCGGAGUUACUGGUGGAAGCGGACGGGCGGGGCGCCAGGCCCCCGGGCAGGGCGUGUGUCCCCGGGACAGCUGGCCGGCAGCUGCUCCGCUGCGGGUGCCAAGGGAGCCACGUGGGGGAAGCCGGCCCUCGCCCCCGGGGCGCUCCGAGAGGGGUUGCGGGGGGAGAGGGCGGACGCACGGCGAGGAGGCGACAGCGCAGAGUCACACAACUGUGGCACUGGGCGGGACCCCCAAGGGUCUUCUCCGGCAGCACAGGAGUCACCGCUAAGGCAUCCCUGAACGCGGGCCAAUCGACCUCUGCUCAAAAACCACCCGAGAAGGCGAGUCCGCAACCUCCAGAGGGAUCUUACCAUCAGAUGUUGAGUCGGAAUCUCCUUUCUUGUCGUUUGAAUCCGUUAGUUUGGGUCCUCCCCUCCGGAGCAGGAGAAAAACAAGCUUGCUGCCUCUUCCAUGUGGCAGCCCUUGGGAUAUUUGAAGAUGGCUAUCUCGUAUCUCCUCUCAGUCUCCUCUUCUCCAGGCUAAACAUCCCCAGCUCCCUCAAGCCUUCCUCACUCUGCUCGGUUUCUAGAUCUCCUGGACAUUUUAUCAGUCUCCCCACAAGCAGACCUUCCUUUACCCCACUGGAGACCGGGGCAGGGGGCAGACAAUUGCUCCAGACAGGGCUGGUUUGGGGAGCCCUGGAAGGACUGAAGACAUUCAGAAGAACCUCAGAAGAGCCUUUCAGGAAACCUGCAAACAGGAUCUGGGCCAAACCAUCCUGGCUACUAGCCCUCCAUAGCCCUCUCUUGCAAAGCCAAGCAGGUCCUGGCUAUUGUUUCCUCCUGCAGGAGGGAGUUCCCCAGUUUAACUAAGAAGGGUUUUCUCUUGUCUUCCCUGAAUCUUCCCACAUGGGGCUUCGCUGGCUGCCCACCAGGGAGGAAACUGCUUCUCUGCCCGUUCUCUCCAUGCCAGGGCCCUCAAAGACACUCCUGGAACUGGCUCUCUCGGGUGCCACAAGGACUAAGGAGCAGCCUUGGGAGGGGAGGGUGGAGGAUGCGAUCCCCUCCCACUUUCCUUGCAGCAGCAGGGCCCAUUGGGCUGUCCCAGUCCCGACCCACAGAGGCCCCUUCCUCCCCUGGCGCCGCCUAAGCCUCCUCCGCAGGGCUGCUGCCAUCUGCCAGGCUGCUCCAGGCCUUCUAAUCCUCCUAGUCCUUAAUGAGGAGUGGCAGGCGGAAGGCAAAGGGCAAGCGCCAAAGAGGAGGCGGCAGCAGCAGCAAUGGGGUGGCUGAGGGGCCGGGAGGCUCUCCCAGGCGUCCUUCCCCAGGGACAUGGAGCCCCUGACCCAGUGGAGCCUCUCCUGCCCAGUGGAAUGCUAGCCUACCCAUCUACCUGGUUUGUCUGGGGCCGGGAGGUUUGCUCUUUUGAGGGAGGGGGCUUCCUUCAUGCCACAAGCACAGCCUGGCUGCUUCCUCAUCCUUCCAGGCACCGCAGCAGCAGCUGGGUUGGGCGCUGGGUUGGGCCGAGAUGUGUGCAGAGUGAGAGGGAAGGCCAGGUGUGGGGCGGGGAGGGCCAGUGUUGGCGCUGGCCAGGUGUCGCUCCGGCACACCCCAGAGAUGGCUGCCUCUUCUUCUGUGCUGGGCUCCAGGAUGCAACUGUGGGGAGUGUGACACGGGUGUGGCGUGAGGAAGGCCAGAAGGAGCUCUGGGGAGGAGCCCCAUGACCAUCCUCUGACUGCCCCCCACAGGCCAGGCACCUCCAGGAACUGAGCGCAGAAUCUGCCUCUUGCAGCCCUGGAUGGUCCUCAGGCGAGCUCUCCCAGUGGGUGAGGCUGAGCAGAGGUUGUUGCCCAUGCCUGGGAGGGAUGGAGCAAGCUUCUUUUCCACUGCUCUGAACCAAUGGAUUUGUAGCAUGAUAGAGUUGGAAGGGAUCCUGAGGGUCAUCUAGUCCAACCCUCUGCACUGCAGGAUUCAGAUGACAAGGAAGGAACGGACAAAUGGCAGAGGAACAAGCUCCCUCAGAAGGUGGUGGACUCUCCUUCCUUGGGGUUUUUUUUUUUUAAAGCAGAGACCACCUGCUUGAGCUGAGAUUCCUGCAUUGCAGAGGGCUGGACUGGAUGACCCCCAGGGGUCCCUUUCAGCUCUCCAGUUCUAUGAACUUGAGACAAAUGAGGGGCAUGAUUUGUGGGUCUGUUUUCUUCCAUUUACAAACCUCCUCCUCCCCUCCAGGGUUGUGGCUUCCUGGCCUGCCCCUCUCUCGCCCUGCCACCCAGAGGCCAGAGGACCAUGAGGGUCCUCUAUGGGCACUGCUGCCGCUUCCAGGUGCUGUGGGCCGCCCUGGCUGUCUCCAUGACCAUCGGCUUCACCAUCCAGCUCUUCGGGGUCUCCUUUCAGAAGAGGUAACUGUUCCACCUUCCUGGCCUUCAGCACCACCCAAUGCUCAGCAGUGCCCCCGGUGGCCACUCAAGGCAAUGCCAUAGAAUCCUAGAAUUGGAAAGUCAGGCAGGACACCCAGAGGUCAUCCAGCCCAACCCCCUGUGACACCGAGGCUGGCCAGUGAGGGCUUCUCUGAUCUCCUCUUCCUCCUCCAGGGCUUCCUUGUCCCAGCUGCCCCCGACCCCCUGGGCUCCCCCUCUGCCCAAAGCGGGGCAGGAGGAGGCAGAGGGGCGGCCAGGACCCCGCUGCCAGCCGAGACGCCACCUGGUCUUCCUGAAGAGCCACAAGACGGGCAGCAGCACCAUCAUCAACCUCCUGCACCGCUUUGGGGACGCCCGGGGUCUGCGCUUUGCCCUCCCCACCCGCUACCAGUUCAGCUACCCUAACCUCUUCCAGGCACGGCGGGUCAAAGGGUGGCAUCCCGGAGGGCGCCCCUUCGACAUCCUCUGCCACCACAUGCGCUUCAACUUGCCUGAGGUGAGACUAGGUGGGGCUCAAAGGGUGGGGCUGGGGGCAUGUGGGGGCAUGUGGAACACUCUGUCCCAAGAGACUAGGGCCCUGCGGGACUUGACAUCUUUCCACAGGGCCUGCAAGAUGGAGCUGUUCCACCAGGCCUUUGGCCAAGGCACAGUCUGAUCCUCUCUCUCCUUUGGUAAUCCUCAUAGAACUCUAGCCCAAUGGUUGCCAUUAAGGUAAUUUGAUUCUGAAUUGAUUUUGGAACGUAUUUUAAUUAAUUGACUGUGUGAUUUUAUGUACACUGUGCUAUUUUUACUUUUUGUUAGCUGCUGUGAGCCCAGCUUUGGCCAGGGAGGGCGGGAUACUAUUAUUAUUAUUAUUAUUAUUAUUAUUAUUAUUAUUAUUAUUAUCAUUUGGAGGCUGGUGUCUGAACCAGUGCCUCUGUAAUGCACCCUCUCAAACUCGUGGGAGUACUAUGACUUCCCUUGAUCAGGACACUAGUCUUCUGCUGGUACAGCAUUGGCUUAUUUCUUUUCUAGAUCUUUUCACAUACACAGUCAUACCUUGGAAGUACGAACAGAAUCCUUUCCAGAAGUCUGUUCUCCUUCCAAAACAUUCAGAAACCAAGCGCAGCUUCCGAUGGGCUGCAGGAAGCUCCUCCAUCAGACAUUCAGGUUCCAAAAAACGUUUGCAAACCAGAACACUCACUUCCGGGUUUGCAGCAUUCAUGAGCAAAAAUGUUCAACUUACAAGGCGUUCGGGAUCCAUGUGUUAGUUUCUGUUUGCCACUGAGCAGCUGCUUAGAGUCACAGGACUCUGCUUACAUUCCAGAGACCUUCCAGACUGUUGGAAGUCUCACGGGAGAAGGGAGACGGAUGUGACGUACUGGUUUCUCUGUUCCUUUGUUCCUUUCUUUCAGUUGCUCUUAUAGAGAGAGAGUUGCUCUCAUAGAGAGAGGAUGUACCGUAUUUUUCGCCCUAUAGGACGCACCGGCCCAUAGGACGCACCGGCCCAUAGGACGCACCUAGUUUUUUGGGGGGGAAAUCAAGGGGGGGAAAUUUAUUUUCCCCCCCCCAGGUUUACGCAGCCAUCCCCAAGCUAGAAGAGGGAGACGGAGCGCUCCGUCUCCCUCUUCUGCCUUUAGGGACAGCCUCUCUAGCCUCCGUGGGGCAGCGGCUUGCCCCGCUGUCCCCCGAGCUUAUGGGGCUGGCGAUGGGGAGAAGCAAGCUUGCUUCCCCCCCCUCCCGCCAGCCUCCAGAUCAGGUCGGGGAAUAGCGGGGUGGCGGCGCUCUGCCUCCCCGCUAUCCCCCAAGCUUGUGGGGCUGCCGGGGGGGAAGAAGCAAGCUUGCUUCUCCCCCCCCCGCCAGCCUCCAGAUCAGGUCGGGGAAUAGCGGGGUGGCGGCGCUCUGCCUCCCCGCUGUCCCCCGAGCUUGUGGGCUGCAGGCUGCUGCCCGCAAGCCUUGCGAGCCCGCAGGACCUCCAGCCGGGCUUGCAAGGCUUGCGUAUAGCUUCCUGAAGCCUGGAGAGCGAGAGGGGUCGGUGCGCACCAACCCCUCUCACUCUCCAGGCUUCAGCGAAAGCCUGCAUUCGCCCCAUAGGACGCACACACAUUUCCCCUUCAUUUUUGGAGGGGGAAAAGUGCGUCCUAUAGGGCGAAAAAUACGGUAUAUUUCUUUGCUGUCUGCAUAGUAAGAAAUAAAGCAUAGCGAUGUAGCCAUAAAUCUCAUCACUUCCGUGUGCUGCUUUGAUUCUCUGCUGAAUCGGAACGUGCCUGGAAGCCUCAUCAAAGGCUCAGGUCGUUAAUUAUUCGUCAGAGGGCGAUUCCGAAGGACUGUGCUGGAAGAUGAGCUUUAUCAGCUUGGCCGAGUGGAGCUUCCAACACCAAGGUACAACUGUAGUGGUACCUCAGUUUAAGAACAGUCCAGUUUAAGAAUAAUUUGGUUUACAAACUCUGCAAAACUGGAAACAGUGUAUUGGUUUGAGAACUUUACCUCUGUAUAAGAAUGGAAUCCGAAUGGUGGAAGGGCACCGGCAGCGGGAGGCCUCAUUAGAGAAAGCACACCUCGGUUUAAGAAUUGUUUUGGUUGAAGAAUGGACUUCCGGAACGGAUUAAGUUCGUAAACCGAGGGACCACUAUAUUGGUAAAUGCAGCUUGGUUUUCUACCCAAGUGCAAAACUGGACAUUUCAUAGACUCAUAGAACUGCAGACAUGUGUCUCUGAGCAAGUGCCGAGAGCCUGUCUGUUGCCAAAGGGCAAAUUGGGCCUCAGACACACAUGAGGCUGGGGGAUUUGGAGGACCAGACUCUGCCCCACAUGCUCCCUCCAACAUGUCUCCUUCUCCUUCCUCAGGUCCAGAAAGUCAUGCCCCCGGACAGCUUCUACUUCUCCAUUGUGAGGCACCCCGUCUCCCUGGCCGAGUCAGCCUUCUCCUACUACCGGAGCGUUGUCCCUGCCUUCCGCCGUGCCGGCACGUUGCCCCAGUUCCUGGCCUCGCCACAGCGCUUCUACCGCCCCAGCGAGAGGGGUAACCACUACGCCCGCAACCUGCUGUGGUUCGACUUUGGCCUGGACCCACCAGCAGCCCCUGGUCUGGCCCCAAUCCAGGCUGCCCUGGCCACGCUGGAGCGCACCUUCCACCUGGUCCUGCUGACGGAUCACAUGGACGAGUCGCUGGUGCUCCUGCGCGACGCUCUCUGCUGGGGAGAGGAGGACAUGCUGGCCUUCCGCCACAACUUCCGCAGCCCUGAGUCCGUCCGCCCACUGACGCCCGCAGAGGCUGCCCGACUCCAGGCCUGGAACAACCUGGACUGGCACCUCUACACUCACUUUAACCGCAGCUUCUGGGAGCGUGCAGAGCGCUUUGGCCGUGCGCGCCUGGCCCGGGAGGUGGAUGCCCUGCGGAAGCGGCGGGCGGAGCGGAUGCAGCAGUGCCUGCGGGGAGGGGGCCCUCUGGAGGCGGGGCAGAUUGCGGACGAGCGCAUCCGCCCCUUCCAGUUUGGGCAGGCCCCCAUCCUGGGCUAUGUCCUGAGGCCCAGCCUGGACCCCGAAUGGCAGGCGCUGUGCCAGCGCAUGGUGACCCCCGAGCUCCAGUACAAGGACCUUCUGGAUGCCAAACAGUUUCCUCCACCCCCCCAGGGCAACGGCUCUCAGACCGGCGGGGUGAGGUAGCAGUGGCAAGCGGAAGGGGGUGCAAAAAGACCAACUGGCCCCCAACAGGCUUGGCAUGGGCUGUGUGCUGAAGGCACAGAGGACCUGAGGUGCCACGAAAAAUCUCAUUCUUCCCACAUUUCUGGGAUUCCCAGAAGAAGCUCCCUCUGGAUGCUGGGAGAUUCACGUGGAAGGAAGGGCUUCUUUGUAGAACUGUAGAGUUGGAAGUGACCCUAAGGGUCAUCCAGUCCAACCCCUGCAAUGCAGGAAUCACCACUAAAGCAUCCGUGGCAGAUGACCAUCCGACCUCUAUGUAGAAACCGCCAAAGGAGAGGAGGGACUUUAUGCAGCCCAUCAAUGGCAUAAAAUAAAAUAAAACAAUUCCUUCCAGUAGCACCUUAGAGACCAACUAAGUUAGUUAUUGGUAUGAGCUUUCAUGUGCAUGCACACUUCUUCAGAUACGAAAGCUCAUACCAAUAGCUAACUUAGUUGGUCUCUAAGGUGCUACUGGAAGGAAUUGUUUUAUUAUUUUAUUUUAUUAAUUUUGUUUUGUUUCGACUACGGCAGACCAACGCGGCUACCUACCUGUAACUACAUCAAUGGCAUAGCAUGGGUUGCCAGCGCCCAGGGCAAGGCAAGUAUUUUGCACCUGGGGCAGUUGCCCCGGUAGCACCCCCACAUGCUAUGCCACUACAGCCCAUAGUUAAAUGUGGCCACUGCUGGGUCAUCAGCUUCAAGAGGCCUUCCUGUCAGUGAGGACGGAAUCAAAAGUGGACCCGACAAUGUCUUUUCAGGCACAACUCAAGAGCAGCCACUGGAUCCUGCCGUGUGACUCAGCUCAGCAUCCUCAGGCAGGCCUGACUUUGCACAAGGAAGUGGGGUCCUGCAUCGGGGGGGGGGGACCCCCACACCUCUUGACCUGGGACUCAGCCACAGUGGGCCUGAGUGACUCUGCAGGGGCAGCCUGCUGGCAUGGGAGCCUCAAAGUCCCGGGUUCAUUUUGUUGCAUUGGCCGCAGACUCGUGAUGGGGAAGGAGAUGGGGUCUCUCUCUCCCCCCCCCCACCCACAAUCUGCAAUGGAAGACUAAUGGUACUGCCCCACCCACCUUGUAGGGCCGUCGUGUGGAGCACUGAAGCAACUCAUGUGAAGGGCUUUAAACACUUGUGGGGUGUGUGGAGGGAAGCAGCUUAAAUUGGUGCUGGUUAGAGGGCAGAGCCAGGCAUGCUCUGGCCAUGGGGGGGGGCUCUUUGGCUGGG